GAAGACCAGAGGCAAAAAGGAAAGGAGAGACAAGAGGGAAGUGAGAAUUCAGGAAAAGAAGAGAAGGAGAAGAUGGAGAAGAAGGAGGAUGAGAAAGUUAAAGAGCCACAGACGAGAGACGAGAGGAACACAGAUAUGAUGUGGAAAAUAGAGGAGGAGACCUUCCAGCUGUGGAAGUCCAUGGGACUAUCCUUUGAAGACACUGAGGAUGGAUCAGAAGAAGACUGGAAUGAAAGUGAGGAGGCCAGUGUAGACCUAGACUUGCUCUUCCUGAAGGACAAUGUAAAGACUGACAUAGAUAGAGGAAAAGAAAGGAGAUUGGAAGAGGAGAACAAAUCAAGACAGCUAGAAGUGGAGACACAGAGAGAAAUUAAAACUGUGAGACUGAAAGAAGAGGAGAGCAAGAGGAUAGCCAUGGUGGAAAAACUGAAAGAGGACGAAGGGAGGAAGAGAGGGAUGGAAGCAGAAAUGGAGAGAAAGGAACAGGAGGAGAGGCUGAGAGAAAAGGAAAGGACCAAACUAAGAGAAGAGGAGAGAAAGAAAAAAGAGAUGCAAGAGAAGACAAAGAGAGAGCUGGAGCAGAUAACACAAAGAGAGAGGGAGGAGAAGGGGAAGAAAGCCAAAGUGGCCAAGAAAUUACUUCAGGCACGUGACAGCGAUGACAUUGACAUAGAGAGCUUGAGUGAUGAAGAUAUGUGGAAGGAUAAGGAGCUCCCAAUGGACCAAAAGAAAAGGCAGACAAAAGACGAAAAGGAACAUGCAUGGCUACAGGAAAAACACAACAAAGAGAAGGAGGAUGAGAAUCCUUGUAACAGGGAUUGCAGUGACCCCAAGACUGUGACUAAUUCAAAUAGUUUGUGGAUGCAUAAGGCCAAGAGCCCAAAGCUGUCAGUCAACAAUGCAUGGAAGAUCCAGCAAUUUGAUAAUACAGAGACUGAUAAUGUCAAACAAGGUCAUUCUGAGGAAGGCGACACACUUGUGAUGACACUCAGUAAUGAUGAUAUGAAUACAUGGACCCAGCUAAAGGCAAAAACAGAUGAAGAGGACGCAGAGAGAGAGAAACAGAGGCAGAUGGAUGAAAAGAGGAUGAGAGAGGUGGACAAUGGAGGAAAGAAAAAAGAGAGAAAACAAGGAGAGAUGGUAGCACAGAAAGAAAACAAGACACCCAGGAUGAGCAGAGACUUAGAAAUCAUCCAAAAGAUACAGGAGGAAAGAAAGAAAAAAGAGAUGGAGAAAGCAGCACUGAAGGAGCAAAAACAUGACAAGAGGAGAAAGAUAGAGAUUGAGGAGGAGAAAGCAAGAGAGAAGGACAGAAAAGUGAGAGAAAGGGAGGAGAUGAGAAAGACUGAAGAGGUGAUGAACAGGAGGGGGGAGGCUCUGUCAGGAGACAGCAAUGACAGCGACUGGGCGACUGACUCCGAUGACUUGUGGAUGGAUGAGUUGGAGAGACGGGAAACAGAAAGAAAGAGAGAGGAGAUUGAGCAAGUGAGAGUGGAGACAGAGCAAAAAAGAGAGGAACAGGAAAGAAGGAUGGAGGAGAUGGAGCAAAAAAGAGAGGAAGCAGAAAUUGAAAUACACAAUAAAAGGGAGAAACAUGAAGACCAGAGGCAAAAAGGAAAGGAGAGACAAGAGGGAAGUGAGAAUUCAGGAAAAGAAAAGAAGGAGAUGGAGAUGAAGGAGGAUGAGAAAGUCAAAGAGCCACAGACGAGAGACGAGAGGAACACAGAUAUGAUGCGGGAAAUAGAGGAGGAGACCUCCCAGCUGUGGAAGUCCAUGGGACUAUCCUUUGAAGACACUGAGGAUGGAUCAGAAGAAGACUGGAAUGAAAGUGAGGAAGCCAGUGUAGACCUAGACUUGCUCUUCCUGAAAGACAAUGGAAAUACCGAAAUAGAUAGAGGAAAAGAAAGGAGAUUGGAAGAGGAGAACAAAUCAAGACAGCUAGAAGUGGAGAGACAGAGAGAAGUGAAAACUGUGAGACUGAAAGAAGAGGAGAGCAAGAGGAAAGCCAUGAUGGAAAAACUGAAAGAGGAUGAAGGGAGGAAGAGAGGGAUGGAAGCAGAAAUGGAGAGAAAGGAACAGGAGGAGAGGCUGAGAGAGAAAGAAAGGGCCAAACUAAGAGAAGAGGAGAGAAAGAAAAAAGAGAUGCAAGAGAAGACAAGAAGAGAGCUGGAGCAGAUAACACAAAGAGAGAGGGAGGAGAAGGGGAAGAAAGCCAAAGUGGCCAAUAAAUUACUCCAGGCACGUGACAGCGAUGACAUUGACGUAGAGAGCUUGAGUGAUGAAGAUAUGUGGAAGGAUAAGGAGCUCCCAAUGGACCAAAAGAAAAGGCAGACAAAAGAUGAAAAGGAACAUGCAUGGCUACAGGAAAAACACAACAAAGAGAAGGAGGAUGAGAAUCCUUCUAAAGGCAAAAACAGAUGA